GAACUGGCAAAAAAUUCUGCAAGUAGCUAACUGAUAUCUUCUUCGCCAAAUGACAAGACAGAGGAUGCGAAAGGGCCCGCCCAGCAAGAGCGGCUCCGACGGCGAUGAGCUGCUCAUGAGUUGGCUCAUCCGGAUGCUGGACGAGGAGCGACUCGAGGGGCUGAGAUGGGAGGACAAGCCCCGGCGAAAGUUCCGGAUCGCCUGGACGCACAGGUCUGCGGAGAAGUGGUCGGAGAAGGACGUCGAGGUCCAGAAGGCGUGGGCCAUACACAAGGGAAAUAAUAUUGACUUGAGUUUAUUGGACAAGAAAGGUACUGAUCCUGCGACGCUCAAAGCUAAAAGCAAUAUCCUCAAGAAAAUAAAAGCUACCUUUCGUUGUGCUCUCAACAGCAAGAAAGAAUUGCACCUUAAUAAUAAUGACGAUGAUGACGAUGAUAACAAUGAUGAUGGUAACAAUAACAAUAAUGAUGAUGAUGAUACAUAA